UGCGCAGCAGAGCGCGCACACGGACGACCACUCCAAACGGGAAAAGUUGGGGACAGACUUCCACUAAACUUGUGUCUCAAUUAGUCCAUUAGUCUUCCAAAUGUUUCUCUCUUUUCUGUUAGAAGCGGGCGUCGGGGGCUUUGGUUGACAGAAAACAGUCGCUACAACUGCGCUACUUUGUUUCCUUUUCUUCUUUCUUUCUUUGAGGUCAGUAACCUGUGAAGAAAGCAAAAAGAAAAAAGAAAAGAAAAGAGGAUUUACUGCAAACUGGGAUUUAUCGGUGCUGCGGUUGGAUCAGUAAAUUAAAUGGCGGCCUGUUUUUAAAGGCAGAAACAGUCUUUUUGUUUUUCUAUCGGCCAAAGAAGAAGAAGAUAUUUUGUCACUGACGAAGGCCAGUACUACACCUGCUGCAAGAAAAAUACAGGCAUCGACCACCUGCCCUGAGGAAACAAGGAAGGAAGGAAGGAAGGAAGGAGGGAGGGAAGGAAGGACGGAGACAGAUCGUCCCCUGCUUCCUAUUGUAUAUAGAUGUAUGCUGAAAAGGUUGUAACAGAGGGGAAGAUGGGGAACAGGGGCAUCUCUCUGACCUUUGUGUUGACCCCCUGCCGUGUGAUUGGGGUGUGCGUGACACUGAUGACCUUGGGAGCCAUUGGAACAGCCGUCUGGGCCGUAGUCACGUAUUGCACAAUGGAUGAAGACACGGGAUUGUAUGAUGUCCAGGUAAACUCCGCUGACCAACGUCUCCGAGUCUUCGACUCCACCCAGAGGAGGUGGCGUCAGGUGUGUUCCUCCUCAGCCGACGAGCUGCUGGCUAGCAUCAGCUGCGAAGAAGUGGGCUUCAUCAGCGUGGUGAAUCACUCGGUCACGUCGGUGCCCGAGGCCGGCGGAGACGGCGGAGAGUUCUUCUGCGUCAGGCAGCAAGAACUCAGCUACGGCAAGAAAAUCAAAGACUCCUUGUUCCCAUGUGACUGUGAGAGCGGGGAGGUCCUCACGCUGUUGUGUCAAGACUGCGGCAGGCGUAGUUUCGCGGCGGACCGCAUAGUCGGUGGCGUGGUCGCCCGGCAGGGCAGCUGGCCCUGGCAGGUCAGCUUGGAGUACGACGGAGUCCAUCAGUGUGGAGGAACCAUCGUCUCAAACCGAUGGAUCGUCUCCGCGGCGCACUGCUUCAGAGAACGAUAUCGCUUCGUCAACCGCUGGCGCGUGCUGCUGGGCUCCAUCUACAGCAAACCGGUCAACGCCAACGUGGUGGAGGUGAACACCAUCGUCUACCACAGCAGCUACCUGCCCUUUGUCGACGCCAGCAUCGACGACAACAGCAGGGACAUCGCCGUCCUGGCCCUCACCCAGCCGCUCACUUUCAACGAAUACAUCCAGCCUAUUUGCCUGCCAGCAUACGGCCAGAGGCUGAUAAACGGACAGAUGGGAACAGUGACGGGCUGGGGAAAUGUAGACUACUACGGUAUUCAAGCUGAUAUUCUCCAGGAAGUGAACGUCCCCAUCAUCAGCGACGCCGUCUGCAACGCUCCGGACUACUACGACAACCAGAUCACCACCAGUAUGUUCUGCGCUGGCUACGAGAAAGGAGGCACCGAUUCCUGUCAGGGAGACAGCGGCGGUCCCUUUGUGGCAGAAGACUGCCUUUCUAAAACCCGGAGGUAUCGUCUGCUGGGUGUGGUGAGCUGGGGCAUCGGCUGUGCCAUGGCCAAGAAACCCGGCGUCUACACCAGAAUCUCCCGAUUCCUGCCCUGGAUAUCUACGGCCAUGAGGAACUACAACAACUCACCGGGGCUUCACAAAAUGGCUAGGACAUGAGCUUCCUUCAUACUCUUGGAUGUAUUAAAAAGACCUGGAAGAUGUCAACAGGGGGCAUAGAUUUAAAAUACACAGACAGAGCUCUUAAAGAAACAAAAGAGUUAUUGGGAGUUGAUUAAAAUCGUGCAAAAGAGAUAAUAAUUAAUUUCCUACCCUGGAUUUAAGAUACCAGUUUUGUAAAAUAUGAAGUCAAGUUAGAAAUAAAAAAACAAUAUGUUGAAUUGAGA